AUGAUGACUCGCGAGUACCAGGGGACAAUGGCGGGCAGGAGGCGGCGGGGCCGCGUCGCUCCGGCUAACGAGUGUCGCGCCGGUCGCGCCGAACGGAGCCCUGAUGAGAUGGGAUUGGGUUCAAAAUGGCGACCGUCGCGAUCCCCCGUGUCGGUGUGGGUGCGUGAGUGCGCGGCGCAGGCGCAGCGCGGCACAAGUGAAUUAUUCGCGAGA